UUGAUAUUAGGCCUAUGCUAGGCUUUCCAAUAGACCACUUGCUGUUUAGCUACCGACCGAGAUCCUAGACAAUUUUAUCCUCUUGACAUUUUUAGACAGCAAUUUUUUUCAUUUUCAUACUCACCCCUGCACCCCAGUUUAAAUCAGACAGCUUUGUUUUAACAGCAAAUAAUUUUUUUUUAUACAACUUUUUCACAAAUUAAAAUGAAGAAUAGCGCUGAUUUACCGAAGUUGGCGGCUCCGUCCAGUCAAGGCGUCAUCGUUCGAAACGCGAUUAAAAGCUAUGGUGUUGGUAGCCGUCGAUCCACAGUCCUGGAUGGACUCGACAUGAACGUUAAAAAAGGAACCAUCUAUGGGUUGCUGGGAGCUAGUGGUUGCGGCAAGACAACUCUGCUGAGCUGUAUCGUUGGUCGCCGUAGCUUUGAUAGUGGACAAGUGAUGGUAUUAGGUGGUCCACCAGGAACGCCGGAUAGCGGUAUUCCAGGUCCGCGGGUCGGCUAUAUGCCACAAGAACUGGCUCUGUAUGGUGAAUUUACCAUUAAAGAGACGCUCCAGUACUUUGGCCGCAUCUACAAAUUAGAAGCGGAUUUUGUCGUCUCGCAGUUAGACUUUCUGUCGAAAUUGCUGGACCUGCCACCUGACCAUCGCUACGUCAAGACACUGAGUGGUGGCCAGCAACGGCGUGUCUCGUUUGCCGUUGCACUCUUUCACGAACCCGAAUUAUUGAUUUUAGAUGAACCAACCGUUGGCGUUGAUCCUCUACUCAGACGCAGCAUAUGGGAUCAUCUUGUCCAGCAAAGUGUCGACCAUGGGCGAACGGUAAUCAUCACUACUCAUUAUAUCGAAGAAGCGCGGCAAGCAGAUGCGAUUGGAAUGAUGCGUUCUGGGCGCUUGUUAGCAGAAGAGUCGCCCGAAAAUCUGUUGAAGAAUUACGGGCUCCCUACAUUAGAAGAAGUGUUCCUCAAACUGUGCAUGAGGGAUGGUAGUUACAAGGUUAAAGAUGCGGUGGUUAACGCACCCAUUUCCAAAGAGAAGAGCUAUACGACAUCUCAAAACCAUCUUGGUGGUCAUGAGAACAUGGCUUUUAACUACAGCAUCAGCCAGUUUGAUGUCUCUCAGGUGGGCGUUGAGCGUCAAGAAAACAUUAAAAGCCAUCCCGGAUCUCUGGCUCAUUACAAUGUUCCAACUUCGAAAUCAACUUUGCCGAUCGAUGGGAAUGGGAUCGUCUGUUUAAAUUUCAACCGAUGUGGUGACGGAAGUCUGCCAACGUACAGUAACAAGCGCGCUGAUCUGCAGCAAAUUACUAACAGUUCUAUUCAGAAUCCUUCCAAGAAUGGGCUGAGAUCUGCAGCAUCGUUUGAAAUGAAAGGACGGCACAAUCUCCCGCUUGGGGGUAGCAUCACUAAGAGGGGAACAGUUUACACCAUUAACCAAAGUAGCAGCAAAUCGUCCGAGAAUAUAAUUCAAGACAACGAAGUUAUUUCACGACGCAGUCGCACAUUCAAAAUGACCAUGCCGUCCAUGCAUCGUAGCGCAGCGCUCAUCCACAAGAAUUUCAUGCAAACAUUCCGCAACAUUGGUAUGUUCCUGUUCGUUUUCCUGUUGCCUGCCCUCCAAGCCACAAUCUUUUGUCUGGCUAUCGGACGGGAUCCGACGCUUCUCAAGAUGGCCAUCGUAAACGAUGAGCUAAAUCCGAGUGAGGGCCGUAUCUGCAACUACACGACGGACUGCUCGUAUUUCAUGUUUAGUUGCCGUUAUCUUCGGUUUGUUAACAACGACACAAUAAUUCAGGUUCCGUACCCAAAUUUGUCGAGCGCCAUUGAAGCUACGAGGAACGGUGAAGUGUGGGGGGUAGUGCACUUUGGCCAAAAUUUUACGGAUGAGAUAAUAAUUCGACAGUCUGACGGUAGUGCGUCCAGUAACGAAACCGUUAUUGGGAGUCGUAUUGGGGUUACUAUGGAUUUUUCUAACCAGCAGAUUUCAGUUGUUCUUCAGCGACGGCUGAAUGAGGCUUUCGAGGAUUUCACAAAUGAUAUUUUGAGAGCUUGCGAUUACGAGCCAACUGCUGGCAACAUCCCCGUCUCGUUCCUUGAUCCUGUUUACGGUAAGAAAGAUUCUACGUACACCGAAUUCAUGGCUCCUGGAAUGAUUCUCACCAUUGUAUACUUCAUUGCUGUUGCAUUGACUGCUGGUGUCUUUAUUAGUGAACGAAAGGAGGGUCUGCUAGAUCGCAGUUUAGUGGCUGGUGUACAGAUGACUGAGGUGCUGUUGGCUCAUUUGGUUAACCAGUUUACGAUAUUGCUUGGUCAAACUGCGCUGGUGUUCUUGUGUAUGCUGGCAGUCUUUAACAUCCCGUGUGAGGGCAAUUUGGCUUUGGCCGUAUUCAUUACUCUGCUUCAAGGUCUCUGUGGGAUGUCUUUUGGUUUUUUGGUGUCCAGUAUUUGCGAUAGCGAAAUCAGCGCUAUUCACCUUUCACUUGGGAGUUUUUAUCCUACUCUACUGCUCAGUGGGAUUAUAUGGCCGAUUGAAGGAAUGACAUCAACUUGGAUGCGUUCUUUGUCGUAUUCUCUCCCGCAAACGUAUGCCAUAGAAGCUUUGAGGUCAGUUUUCGCGAGAGGGUGGAGUGCUGAAUUGCCUGAUGUCUACCGGGGUAUCUUGAUCAGCACUGGGUGGAUUUUUAUCAUGUUGGGUCUUAGCUUGAUGGUUGUGCGUGUUCGCAAGCACACAGGUUAAAGUUCUUAUUCUCGCGAGAAUCCAGAAUUCAGUACUGUCAAAGGUUAUUGGUUAAUUGUGGUGUUUAAGUUACCGAUUUGGCAGUGGUGGGGGAAUUGGAGAUAUUUCAUUCCCUAUUUCUCAGGACUGUCCUAUCGAUUCGUGUAGAAUUUUGAGCUCACUUUUGUUUCAAUCGGUGUUUUGUACAACUAACUUACUAUGUUUUUAACGAAUCUUCAACAUUGUAAAAUUUCUAGUUAAGUGUAAACUCCAAUUCCGGUUUAACGAGGUUUGUUAUUACUUAUUAUUGUCUAAAGUUCAUGGUUGUAUUCUAGUUCGACAAUUGUUUCCUGUAUUGUGGUAUUUUCUUCGAUCACUUACAACGCUGCGUUAUUUUUCA